AUGAAUAAAGAUGGACACAGGUCAUUCAGUUCUGUCCAGGCAGGCGAGACCUUCAACAUCUUUGCAAUAGUAGAGGACUUAUAUAAUGAUAUAAAGAAGUGUAACCUUGACUGGAGCCUUACAUUCAUACUCAAAGAUAAGAACAAAGAAUUGGUAUCUGCAACGUUGUUCUUUACCAAUGAUUGUGUUCAACAUUAUAGAUUGAUUGGAAAAGGUACAUUGUUGUUAUUUAAAGGACUAUAUUGUUAUAGUUAUAGAGAUAAGAUAUAUGUAAAGGGAAGAAUUAAGCAAGAUGGUGGAGAUUGCCAAGUUUAUAUCUUUCCAUCCGAUGUAGAUAUGUCCCAUCCAACUCCAUUGGAGUUACAUAAUGGACGACCGAGUGUAAACUACGUGGCAUCGAAAGAGGAUAUCAAACUCAUACAUAGCUUCCUCAAUGAUGACAGUCUGACCACAGUGCAAUCUAUACAAAUGGAGGCCGUGAAGGGUACUUAUGUUGACCUCAUAGCACGACUCGAUCACAUUAUGCUGCGGCAAGAUGGCAAGAUGAUCAACCUCAAUGUAUGGGAUGGCACUGGAGACUGUAUUAUGUGGGACGAGGAUGUCUCUGAGAUCACAGUUCGCAACACAGUCCAAGUCAACAGUUGGGAGGCGAGCCACAUCAAAACAUUCACCGAGACACCUCUUGGUACUUGGUUACUAUUCACAGGACUUAGAGUAAACAUAUAUCGAGACAAGAAGGAGUUGAUGUUACAAAGAACAUCCACCAUCAGGCCACUUGCACUUGGAGAUGCCAGAGUUGUUCAACGACUAAGACGACAUUUAACAAUACUUGAGGAGCACUCUAGCAUUCAUGAGAGG